UUUGUCGGUCGCUUCAUCGCCCUGGCACUGUACCACGGCAAGUUUAUCGAUAAUGGAUUCACCCUACCCUUCUACAAGCGCCUCCUCAACAAGCCACUCUGCCUGAAGGAUCUCCAGAGCGUGGACGAGGAGUACUACAAUUCCCUGCUCUACAUUCAGUAA